GUAUAAAUAAAUGUAAAUUUAUGAUGUUUGCAUAAUUGGAGCAGGUCCAGUAGGAUUGUGUUUGGGAGCUGCAUUAUAGAAAUCAAAACAAUUAAAUAAAGUGAUAGUAUUGGACUCAAUAAAAAGACCUUUGUUUAAGAAAGAAGGAGCACCAAAUUAAAGAGUAUUAUCAGUAACAUAGUCAUCAAGAGAAGUAUUAUAAUCAGUAGGGGCUUGGGAUAAAUUAGAUUAGGGAAGAAUAAAUCAUUAUAAGAGAAUGAUUAUAGAUGAGAGCUAGGGUUAGGAUUACUUAGAAUUCAAGAACCAAUCUGCUCAUAUAAUUGAAUAUGAUAACAUAGUGAAUGGAUUAUUAGAAGUUUAUGAUGGGGAGAUAGAAUUUGAGAGUAAAUUAGAAAAGAUUGAGGUAGUAGAAAAUGAGUAUGUGAAAGUGAAUGAUAAAUUUUAAUGUAAAUUGUUGAUAGGUAGCGAUGGAAAUAAAUCAAAAGUGAAAGAAUGUAGUAAAAUAGGUACAUAUGGUCACUCAUAUCAUCAAAUGGGAAUAGUUUGUACAGUAGAAAGAGGUGAUGAAGACAAUGAAGUAGCAUAUUAGACUUAUUUAUCAAAUGGGUAAAAUAUAAGAUAUAAAAUUUAGUUGUCCAUUAGCUUUAUUGCCUCUUUAUAAUCCCUAUAGUUCAAUAGUGUGGACAGUAUAUAUGGAUGAUUAUAAAUAUUUGAUGUCACUUUCAGAUGAAGAAUUUCUGAAGGCUCUCAAUAGUUAAUUAGGAAGAUAUGCUCCAAGGAUUAAGAAUAUUAUCAACAAAAGGAUGGCAUUUCCGUUACAGUCUUUGCAAGCUUAAAGAUAUAUUUAAAAAAGAAUAGCUUUAAUUGGAGAUGCAGCACAUUCUAAUCAUCCUAUGGCAGGCUAGGGAAUGAAUAUGGGUAUUAAUGAUGCAGCUCUAUUGGCUAAUUGCAUAAUUAAGAAUUCAAGGUCUGGAAAUGAUAUUGGGUUAGAACAAUCUCUAUAAGAAUAUGAAUCUUAAGCCAAACUUAUGAAUUAUACUACAUCUAUAGCAAUGGAAUUGAUAAAGAACACUUAUGAAAAUAAGACCAUUUCCCCUUUGAGAUAACUUGGAACCAAAAUAGUCAAUAACCUAGAUCCCCUUAAACAGAUAAUGAUUCAAUAUGGAUCUAAACAUCCAUUGGGACCAUCUGAAUUUGAAUGGGCCAAAUGA